AUGAAGCUGUCAGGCUGUGGAGUCACAGGGAAAGGCCGUGCUUCUCUGGUCUCAGCUCUGAUGUCAAACCCCUCACACCUGAGAGAGCUGGAUCUGAGAAACAAUGACCUGAAGGAUUCAGGAGUGAAGCGGCUCUCUGCUGGACUGGGGAAUCCCCACUGUAAACUGGAGACUCUGAGGCUGUCAGGCUGUGGAGUCACAGAGGAAGGCUGUGCUUCUCUGGUCUCAGCUCUGAGGUCAAACCCCUCACACCUGAGAGAGCUGGAUCUGAGUAACAAUGACCUGAAGGAUUCAGGAGUGAAGCUGCUCUCUGCUGUACUGGGGAAUCCCCACUGUAAACUGGAGACUCUGAGGCUGUCAGGCUGUCUAGUCACAGAGGAAGGCUGUGCUUCUCUGGUCUCAGCUCUGAGGUCAAACCCCUCACACCUGAGAGAGCUGGACCUGAGCUACAAUCACCCAGGAGACUCAGGAGUCAGACUGCUCUCUGCUGGACUGGAGGAUCCACACUGCAGACUGGAGAAACUCAAUGUGGAACAUGGUGGAGAGAACACAAUGAAACCUGGGCUUAGAAAAUGUGAGUAUUGACUGCUGUGAAGAAUAUGACUAAGAAUAAGUCUUAAUUCAAGUUAAGUCAAAGUCAAAGACCACCAUCAUUACUUACUUGGUCAUAUUAAAUAUCAGCUGUAGUUCUACAGAAGCAGAAAUCA